UACAAUUUGUUUGGUUUUCUCUCCAAAGAUGUCCGUCGUACCGAUGCUGUUCCGUGAUUGGUGGGAAGAUUUCGACACACCGCUCCGUACGUCACGGCUACUAGAUCAGCAUUUUGGCACCGGGUUGCGUGCGGAUGAUCUUUUCUCAUCCUUCCCGGCACGGGCACCACUCUCUUCGCCCUCCCUACUUCGUGGUGGAUACUAUCGGCCAUGGCGUAAUACGGCCCUCACUCGGCAAGAUUCUGGCUCAACGCUCAACCUCGACAAGGACCGGUUCCAGAUCAUUCUGGAUGUGCAGCAAUUUACGCCGGAAGAAAUCACCGUCAAAACGAGCGACCGGUGCAUUGUGGUGGAGGGCAAGCAUGAGGAGAAGCAGGACGAGCAUGGUUUCGUAUCGCGACACUUUACACGCCGCUACAUGCUACCAAGUGGCCACGAUCCGAACGAUGUUGUGUCGACGCUUUCCUCCGACGGUGUACUAACGGUGACCGCACCGAAAAAGACACUCCCAGCCCCGAACCCGGAACGUAGCGUACCGAUCCAGCAGACAGGACAACCGUCCAAGGAUAAGCAGGACGCACAGCCGAGUGUUGAGGGAACGAAGUAAAUC